AUGGCGGAUAGGGGGCUAAUCGCAGACCAAAAGCGACCUUGUGCUUGCCCAGAGACGCAGGUGGAUUCAGGGGAUGGACUCCUUGUUUCUGCUGAGCCAGGACUGACUCAUGACAUCCUUGUAUCCCGCACGUCGGUCCGGCCAAAAGUCUGCAAUCAAGUGACUGGGAGAUGCAAGGGAGGCGGUUUGGAGUCGCCUCCAACAAAUAAGCUCCAAAUGUCCACUCCGGAAGAACGGAAGUUCUCCCAGAAACUCAUGGGACUAGAAGCUUGCAACCUGCCCCAACCUGGGGUUGCAGGGGUCAUGUAG